AUUGCGUCACUUCCGUUUACUGUCGGCGGCCACCGCCGCCGUGUUAACAGAGAGCUUCUUCGAACCGGCUGAAGGAGCUGGGAGACAAGAGGAGGGGUGGGCGGGGGGUAGGGGGCGGGCGGAAGAGGGAGGAAGUCCCAUCACUGAGGCGCCAGUCUGGACGUUCCCGCCUCCUCCGACCGUGUCAGGUCCGAUCGGAGAAGGGUCACCGCCUCCUCCAGCGAGGAGAAGGGGGGCGGAGCCCGACUCAGGAUAAUGGAUUUUCCUGGUCACUUUGAACAGAUCUUCCAGCAGCUGAACUAUCAGAGACUUCAUGGCCAGCUCUGCGACUGUGUCAUUGUGGUGGGGAGUAGACAUUUUAAAGCCCAUCGCUCCGUGCUGGCAGCAUGCAGCACACAUUUCCGAGCUCUGUUCUCGGUGGCAGAGGGAGAUCAGACCAUGAACAUGAUCCAGCUGGAUAGUGAGGUAGUGACGGCAGAGGCCUUUGCGGCCCUCAUUGACAUGAUGUACACCUCCACCCUCAUGCUGGGGGAGAGCAAUGUGAUGGAUGUCUUAUUGGCAGCCUCUCACCUGCAUCUGAACUCUGUCGUUAAGGCAUGUAAACAUUACCUGACGACAAGGACACUGCCCAUGUCUCCCCCCAGUGAGCGCGUUCAGGAGCAGAGUGCCCGCAUGCAGCGCUCCUUUAUGCUGCAGCAACUGGGGCUGAGCAUCGUGAGCUCAGCCCUCAAUUCCAGCCAGAGCAGCGAGGAGCAGCCAACCCCCAUGAGCUCAUCUCUGCGCAGUAACCUAGACCAGCGGACUCCCUUCCCUAUGAGACGUCUUCACAAGCGCAAGCAGUCUGCAGAGGAGCGGGCCAGACAGCGCCUCCGCCCCUCCAUGGAUGAGUCUGCCAUUUCAGAUGUCACACCAGAGAAUGGGCCUUCGGGGGUUCAUUCUCGGGAGGAGUUCUUUUCACCUGAUUCCCUGAAAAUUGUGGAUAAUCCUAAACCCGAUGGAAUAACUGACAACCAGGAAGACAGCGCUAUCAUGUUUGACCAAUCUUUUGGUGCUCAAGAAGAUGCCCAGGUGCCCAGCCAAUCUGACAACAGUGCCGGCAACAUGGCACAGUUGUCCAUGGCCUCUCGUGCAACUCAGGUGGAGACUGGUUUUGAGCAGGAAGCUGCAACUGAGAAAAGUGGCUUCCAGUGUGAAAAUUCUGAGGUUGGCCUCGGUGAGAAGGAGCACAUGAGAGUGGUGGUUAAAUCUGAGCCCCUGAGCUCACCUGAGCCUCAGGAUGAAGUGAGUGAUGUGACCUCCCAAGCGGAAGGUAGUGAGUCCGUGGAAGUGGAAGGAGUUACAGUCAAUGCCAAGAUAGACCUCAGCCCUGAAAGCAGUGAUCGUAGUUUUUCAGAUCCCCAGUCCAGCACAGACAGGGUGGGUGACAUCCACAUUUUAGAAGUCACAAAUAACCUAGAACAUAAGUCUACUUUUAGUAUUUCAAAUUUUCUCAAUAAGAGCAGAGGAAGUAACUUUAGUACAAAUCAAAACAAUGAUGAUAACAUCCCAAACACAACGAGUGACUGCAGGCUGGAGGGUGAGGCCCCUUACUUGCUGAGUCCAGAGGCUGGACCUGCUGGUGGGCCCUCGUCUGCGCCUGGCUCCCAUGUGGAGAAUCCAUUCAGUGAGCCUGCGGACUCCCACUUUGUCAGGCCUAUGCAGGAGGUGAUGGGCCUGCCAUGUGUGCAGACUUCAGGCUACCAAGGAGAACAGUUUGGAAUGGAUUUUUCUAGGUCCGGUUUGGGCCUCCACUCCUCCUUCUCUAGGGUGAUGAUGGGCUCCCCAAGAGGAGGAGCCAGUAACUUUCCAUACUACCGUCGCAUAGCUCCCAAAAUGCCAGUCGUAACCUCCGUCAGGAGCUCACAGAUCCCUGAAACCUCUGCCAGUUCCCAGCUAAUGAUGAAUGGGGCCACAUCCUCAUUUGAGAAUGGCCAUCCCUCCCAGCCUGGCCCUCCCCAGUUGACCAGGGCAUCUGCUGAUGUCCUAUCAAAGUGUAAGAAGGCCUUAUCAGAGCACAAUGUCUUGGUUGUAGAGGGAGCUCGAAAGUAUGCCUGCAAAAUCUGCUGCAAAACCUUCCUGACUUUGACAGAUUGCAAAAAGCACAUACGUGUCCACACAGGGGAAAAGCCGUAUGCCUGCCUUAAGUGCGGCAAGCGGUUCAGUCAGUCCAGCCACCUGUAUAAACACUCGAAGACGACCUGCCUGCGCUGGCAGAGCAGCAACCUUCCCAGCACUUUGCUCUGACUGUCCUCACGAGACCACGUCCAGACCAGUUGUGGGACUGAAACUAAUGCCCUUGGGUUUGAGGUUUCUGCCGCCCAUUUUGAUGACAAGUGACUGGGGAGUGGUUCCAUACAGCACUUGUGCUGCAGCCUUUCUGAGUAAAGCACGAACCUUGGGAGGGAUGCGGCCCCUGGACCUGAGUCCUUCCUUAGGGUUGAGUGAUGCAGUCAUAUAGUGGUUUGUAAUUGAUGUUAAAGGUGGCACAUUU